AUGAAAUAUUAUAGAUACUAUCGUAGUUGGAUGUACGCUACGUUGUAUUUAGGAAGACGCGAACUUAAACCAAAAUUUGAGGAAGGAGUUAAAGGGUCUAUCACGUGGACAUUUUCUCAGGAUUGUUGUCGAAGUGAGGGAGGAGUUAGAUGUCCUUGUCAUAAAUGUGAAUGUAGACCUAUAAUUAGUGACCCAUAG